CUAUACGCCCUUGGAUUUUUGUUUCUCACUGUAGUUAGGUUAGAGCAAAGACGAAUUAGGUUGAAGUUAAGUUAGGCAUCGUCUGUGUGCUUUAUUGACUUGUUUUAAAUUUAAUUUUGUUAUUUUUGUGUUAAAGUAGUGAAAUUCUAUAAAACAUGUUUCAUCGUGCUGUCGCGUCUCUAGGAAAAAUCGUGAUUCCUCACAUUUCGAAAAAUGGCGUUUCAUCUUUACGAGCGACCGUAUCUUCAACUUCUUCAAACAUUAUCUUGCGACAUGCGGUAGUUAGAAGCACAGUUGUGACUGUGACUAGUCGGCAUUAUAGUAUACAUGAAAUUCCAGAAGAUUUAAAAUACGUUGACGAUGCAGAAGACCCAUCAUUUUUUCAUAUGGUUGAGUACUUUUACCAUCGAGGCUGGCAGAUUGUAGAAGAUAAAUUAGUUGAAGAUUUUAAAGGCAAAAUGAGUUUGGAAGAGAAACGAAAAAAAGUUCGAGGUUAUCUUGGUUUAAUGGGACCAUGUCAUUCUGUACUAGAAAUUUCAUUUCCAUUGAAAAGAGAUAAUGGAGAAUAUGUAAUGAUAAAUGGUUGGCGUGCCCAGCAUAGCCAUCACAGAACACCAUGCAAAGGAGGUAUUCGAUACAGCUUGGAUGUAAGUGUUGAUGAAGUCAAAGCCCUGUCUGCCUUGAUGACUUUCAAGUGUGCUGUAGUGGAUGUUCCCUUUGGAGGUGGCAAGGCAGGACUUAAGAUAAACCCCAAAGAAUACAGUGAACACGAGUUAGAGAAAAUCACAAGAAAUUUUGCCUUAAUGCUUUCAAAGAAAGGAUUUCUUGGACCUGGCCUAGAUGUUCCAGCACCUGACAUGGGUACUGGAGAACGAGAAAUGAGUUGGAUUGCAGACACAUAUUCUUCAACAAUUGGACACACUGACUUGAAUGCUCAUGCAUGUGUAACUGGAAAGCCAAUCAACCAAGGAGGUAUUCAUGGAAGAAUAUCAGCUACUGGAAGGGGAGUGUUUCAUGGAAUAGACAACUAUAUUAAUGAAGCCAGUUACAUGAGCAUGAUUGGCACUACACCUGGAUGGGGUGGAAAGACCUUCAUUGUUCAAGGCCUUGGCAAUGUGGGCCUGCAUACCAUGCGUUACUUACAUCGAGCUGGGGCUCGUUGUAUAGGAAUAAUGGAAGUUGAUGGUUGCAUUUUCAAUCAAAAUGGAAUUGACCCUCGAGAAUUGGAAGAUUGGAAACUGGGAAGUGGUACAAUAGUAGGCUUUCCAGGGGCUGAACCUUACUCAGGUGAAAAUAUGCUGUUUGAACCAUGUGACAUUCUUAUACCUGCAGCAACAGAAAAGGCAAUAACAAAAAAUAAUGCUCAUAAGCUCCAAUGUAAGAUUAUUGCUGAGGCUGCUAAUGGGCCAACGACUCCCGCAGCUGACAAGAUAUUGAUAGAACGCAACAUUCUUGUCAUUCCUGACCUGUAUAUUAAUGCUGGUGGUGUCACAGUUUCAUAUUUUGAAUGGUUAAAGAAUCUAAAUCAUGUGAGCUAUGGUCGUUUACUUUUCAAAUAUGAGCGAGAAUCCAAUUAUCAUCUUCUGGAAAGUGUUCAAGAGUCAUUAGAGAGGAGGUUUGGAAAAGCUGGAGGACGUAUACCGGUUAUUCCCAGUGAGUCAUUCCAGAAAAGAAUAUCUGGAGCAUCAGAAAAAGACAUUGUGCAUUCAGGUCUAGAUUACACCAUGGAAAGGUCGGCAAGGGCAAUCAUGAGAACAGCAAUGAAGUACAACCUGGGCUUGGACUUGCGUACAGCAGCCUAUGUUAACUCUAUUGAGAAAAUAUAUGGAACCUAUGUGGCUGCAGGUCUCACCUUUACCUAAACUUGUUUUGUUUGUAUUUUGAAGUUUGGUUUAAAGCAUAUUUAUAGAAAUCUAAAACAAUUUGUUACUUAUAGAUAGUUUUUAUCUUGUUUUAACCCAUAUUUUGAGUGUGUAUGGACAAACAUCUACAAGCAAAUGGGGAAUAAUUUCUUUUUUCAGCUUCCAAAAGAAAAUAACUUUAUAACCAUUGAUUAAAACCUGUAUACACUUCAGAAAUAAAAGUUUUUCAAGUAA